AUGUUGCACAGUAGUCACCAUCUUCAACACAAUUUCUCCAUCUUUUUUUAUUUAUUAUUUUCUUCUUCAAGACUGAUUCUUGGAAAGUCAAAAGAGUGGCAGCACAAUGGGAAGCAGAGGACACACGCUCAUGGAGGUUGGACCUGAUGGGGUUGCCGUCAUCACCAUUGUCAACCCUCCUGUUAAUUCUCUCUCCUAUGAUGUGUUACGCAGUUUUAAGCAGAAUUUUGAUGAGGCUCUAAGCAGAGACGAUGUCAAGGCAUUUGUUGUUACUGGUGCAAAGGGAAAAUUUUCUGGAGGCUUUGAUAUAUCUGCAUUUGGUGAUAACGAGUCGAUAGAGCGUCCAAAACCUGGUUGGCUAUCGGUAGAAAUCAUCACUGAUACCAUAGAAGCGGCUAGGAAGCCAUUGGUUGCUGCCAUUGAUGGCCUUGCCUUGGGUGGGGGCUUAGAAAUUGCAAUGGCGUGCAAUGCUCGGUUAUCAACCCCGACUGCUCAGCUUGGUUUGCCUGAACUUCAGCUUGGAAUAAUUCCUGGACUUGGAGGAACACAGCGACUUCCUCGUCUUGUUGGUUUGGCAAAGGCACUUGAAAUGAUGCUGACUUCUAAACCAGUUAAAGGGAAGGAAGCUUUUAGUUUGGGGCUUGUAGAUGGAUUGACGUCGCCUGAUGAUCUGGUGAAAGCUGCACGACAGUGGGCCUUGGAUAUUGUAGGCCAUCGGCGACCAUGGAUCGCUAGUCUUUAUAAGACUGACAAAUUAGAACCCCUUGGAGAAGCAUUGGAGAUUUUGAAAUUUGCUCGAGCUCAGGCUCGGAAACGGGCUCCGAACCUCCAGCAUCCUUUGGUUUGCAUUGAUGUUAUUGAAGCAGGAGUAGUUGCUGGUCCCCGUGCAGGACUCUGGAAGGAAGCUGAAGCAUCUGAAAUACUUUCAAAGUCAGAUACCUGCAAAAGCUUAGUUCACAUAUUCUUUUCUCUAAGAGGAACGUCCAAGAUACCUGGGGUUACGGAUCUUGGUCUGGUUCCAAGAAACGUUAAGAAGGUUGCCGUCCUUGGUGGAGGACUAAUGGGCUCUGGAAUAGCAACGGCUUUAAUUCUUAGCAGCUAUCCUGUCAUCUUGAAAGAAGUAAAUGAAAAGUUCUUAGAUGCUGGUAUCAAUAGGAUUAAAGCAAACUUACAGAGCCGUGUUAGGAAAGGCAAAUUGACCCAGGAAAAUUUUGAAAAGGCAGUCUCUCUUCUAGAAGGUACCCUUGAUUAUGGAAGCUUCGGAGAUGUGGACAUGGUCAUAGAGGCUGUUAUUGAGAAUGUUUCCUUAAAGCAGCAGAUCUUUGCUGAUCUUGAAAAGUAUUGUCCACCUCAUUGUAUACUUGCUAGUAACACUUCCACAAUCGACCUGAACCUGAUUGGAGAGAAAACCAAGUCUAAGGAUCGAAUUGUUGGAGCUCAUUUUUUCAGUCCUGCACAUGUUAUGCCGCUUCUGGAAAUUGUGCGUACCAACAAGACAUCUCCUCAAGUGAUAGUUGACGUGUUAUAUAUUUCCAAGAAGAUAAAGAAAACACCAGUGGUGGUUGGAAACUGCACAGGAUUUGCUGUUAACAGGAUGUUCUUCCCGUAUACCCAAGCAGGUCUCUUGCUCGUUGAACGUGGUGCAGAUGUUUAUCAAAUUGAUAAAGUAAUAAGCAAUUUUGGAAUGCCCAUGGGGCCUUUUAGAUUGGUUGACCUUGUUGGGUUUGGUGUGGCGAUUGCUACUGGUAUGCAAUUCAUUGAGAAUUUUCCUGAGAGAACUUAUAAAUCAAUGCUCAUUCCCCUUCUGCAAGAAGAUAAGAGAGCUGGUGAAACAACUAGGAAAGGGUUUUAUUUGUAUGAUGAUAAACGCAAGGCUAGUCCUGAUACUGAAUUGAAAAACUAUAUUGAGAAGGCUAGGAGCAUUACUGGUGUCUCCCUUGAUCCUAAGCUUGUAAAGAUACAAGAAAAGGAAAUCAUUGAGAUGAUAUUCUUUCCUGUGGUGAACGAAGCUUGUCGGGUCCUUGGCGAAGGUAUUGCAGUCAAAGCCGCUGAUCUCGAUAUUGCCUCUGUCAUGGGCAUGGGUUUUCCACCUUACAGGGGAGGUAUCAUAUUCUGGGCUGACAGUCAUGGAUCCAAGUACAUAUAUUCAAAAUUGGAGAAAUGGUCAGAAUUGUAUGGAGAAUUCUUCAAGCCUUGUGCCUACUUGGCUGCAAGAGCUGCCAGAGGAAUUCCUCUGAGUGCCACAGUGGAGCAGGCAAAUUCGCGGUUGUAGGAAAUGAAAUAGUUCAAUACGUGUUUGCUUGAUGGAACGUUUUUCAAACGGUAGGAAUAUAGUGAUGACUUGAGAAACAGCUUAAUUUAUGAUGAGAAAAUAUAUAAACAGCUUAAUUGUUUGGUCAAGAUAAGUGUGUUUGUUUGUGACAGCUGAAAUAAAUAAAUUUUGUUUAUUAUUUUAGAA